UUAGUAUGAUCACCACUGGAACAAAAAUAGUGCGUAUGACAAUGAUGCUUUUCGACAGCGCUCCUUAUAAUCAGUUUGACACUUUACCUUUUGAUAUGUUAAGAAUCCUACGCUACAUUUUUAAUAUUCAAGUGGUCAACAAGACUCCUGGACUUCUGAAAAACCUCACACUUGGUUACAACAUCCACGACAACUAUUUGAACAGACUUGUGACUUCAGAUGCCUUGCUAGACAUGCUCUCAAUGGGAGAAGCCAAUGUUCCCAACUACAGCUGUGGAAGGAAGGACCACCUUUUGGCUCUUGUUGAUGCAGCUACCGAUGACAUCUCCAUCCAGAUGUCAACCUUAGGAGGCCCCUACAAAGUCCCUCAGUUCCAUCCCUUUCUGGAGAAGACUGAAUUUCUCAAUCUUUCCAUAUAUGAACUGUACUUGGACCAAAAUGGAGAUUUAGCAGCUAACCUGAAGAUUGUGAGCUGGGUGUUUUUCCCGGAGAAGUAUCUCAUCAAAGAGAAAGUGGUGACUUUUGAAAGACAGAGGAUCAUUAUCAACCAAGCUCACUUGUCAUGGCUAAAGUCGCGUAACAGGUCUCUUCCUCAGUCCAAAUGUGUGGGGAAAUGUCAACCUGGAUUUGUCAAACGAGCUCGAGAAGGAGAGCCAGUUUGCUGCUAUGACUGUGUUCCUUGUCCAGAGGGGACUAUCUCCAUUCAAGAAGGUGCUCAUGCUGAAGAUAAUGGAAGGACUUGUGGAAGUGGAUUCAUCCAGAGCAAGAGUGUCAAACUCACGUCAUCAUCGUACCAUCACAUCGGGACUUUUUUUCCCUUUGGUAACUGGGCAGGGGUGUGGCCAGUGUGUGAUACAUCUGGCACACGAGCCAUGAGUUUGACAGCCCUAAUCCAGAGUGUUUAUAUGGAACUGCAAAUUAAAAGACAGUUUGAAGCUCAGCUGCUUUCUUGUUAAUUUCCAUACUGCACAAUUUAUGAUCUAUAGGAAAGAAUA